UGGAGUGUAGUGCGUGAAUGAACUAUAGUUCUAUGUGUACAAGAUUUCAUUUUUGUAUAACCAAAGUAAUCGAAUGCCAGAUAAAAUCACAAAAUCCAGAAUACACAAGUCAACAGUCAUCUCUAAGGACAACAGAUGGUAAUUAUCGAUAACGGUGAAAUUCAAUCAAAGGUGGCACUACUAACAAAUGUCAACUGAUUAUGGAUACUAUAAAAUUCGAUUGUAAGUUCAAACAAACGAACAGUCUUGUCGAGUCACAUGGUCAACACCUGUCUGCAACAAUUUGUACAAUAUGUCAAAAAACGCAUUUUAUUUCUUUAUGCUUGAUUGGCAAAGACGACAACAACGACGUGGUGAAACUUUUAACAGUUUAAAAGAUGUUGCAGCGGAUCCAAGAUGCAGUGAAGAAUGGAAGAAUAUUUCACCACAAGAAAAAGGAAUUUAUAUUGCCAAAGCAAAAGAUAGCAAAAUUAAAGCUCAAGGAAGUAUGAGUAAGAAGACUACAAUUGGAGAAGAUUUGAGUGAAGUAGAAUUAAAUGCAAAAAAAGAACAAGAGUUCCAACAAAAAAUGCUACAAUACAUAGAUUCUGUUGUUUCUAUGGGUUUAUUACAUAACAAUUUACAAAAAUUAAAAUUUAUAUUUAUACAUGUAAACUGGUUCUACAAAAGGGAAAUAGGAAUUAAUAAAUGUGAGUUUUGUCCAGCAGAAUUUGCAGUUGCUCAAUUUAGCCUUGAAAAUGGUGUUGAGAAUAUAUAUCAUGAAGUGCUGAAGAUGAAAAUACCAUUAGGAUGGAAAAGAGAUGCAAUUGAAACUAGUCAACAAACGCACCAAAUCCCCAUAGAAUUAGAAGAUGGACAAAGUGACUUUUCAUAUAUGUUUAAUGAGUUGACCAAAUUUUUAGAAUCAAACAAGACUGGAAAUAAAUUUCCUCCAUUAUUCACUGCAAAAGAUUUGACUCCUGUUGUGGAAUCACUGCUAAUAAAAAUGAUUGAUGCCAGCAAUGGAUCGAUUGAUGAUUUUAUAAUUUAUUCGAUAGAAGCUCUAUUUGGAGCAUUGCGAAAUGCUGCUGUGCUAAAGGUAGAUGAUCGUAGUAUUCCUCUUAUUGUUGCAGAAAAUGAAUUUUCGAAAGACUUUUUAUGCAAUACACGUGGUUUCGAAUGUGAUUUUCAUAAAAUUAUAGAUAUGUCUCAAUACUGUAGCAAAUCUAUAGUAAAAAGAUGGGGUUUCACAAUAUGUGACUAUUGUUGUGAAUAUUUAAAUAUAAAAUUGAUUGAAGGUGUGCAUCGUCCAAAAGAAACCCCAUUUCUGCAAUCUAGUGAUCAAGACAAAAAAAGUGGAAAAGAAGCUAGUGGUAUUGAUAAACGUAUCAAAAAAAUGAGUAUUAGUGACAGGCUGAAAGUUCUUGAAAUGAAUGGAGUAUCUGGUGAUCACAGGAGUAUUGUAUCUGAACGAAGUUAUGGUAUUGAACAACGACGACGUAAUGAGUGUAAACCAUUGGACAUAAUUGAUCAUAGUAAAGCCAGUACAUCUAGUUUUGAUAAUUCAGCACUAAAUAUUCCAACACGUCCAUUACGUACACCAAGAACGAUGCCUCAUGCUCUUCUUGGAUCACAAGAAAGCGAUGCAUUAAAUCCUAAUGAUUUCCCGCCAAUUAGAGGAAGAGGCAUAAACUAUAAAAGAAGAACUACAGAUAUUAAAUCACCUUUGGGAAAAGGACGUGGAAAAUGACAAACAUUGACAAUUUUGAUAUACUUGGAUUUUUUUAAUAAAACGGACUUUUAUGCAGACUUUAGGAUGUUCUUAUGGAUAAGACUUACAUAAUUUAUGUAUAACAAUUUUAAUAAGAAACUACAAUAUUUUUUUUUACUAGACUGGCAAGAAAAAGAAAAGUAUAACAUAAUAAAAAAGUACAUUAUAUGUACGUAUAAAUAAAAUAAGUUUGUAUAAAUAAUAAAAUUUAUUUUAUUAUCUGCCUACAAA